GUUGCUAGGUAACCAUAUCUCCCAUCACUGCCCCGACUCUGAGCUGGGGAUCCCCAGCCUCUAGCCAUCUUCUGCUCAGUCUCUCAAACACCCACCCUCUGUGGGACCCUGAACGCAAAAGGCGCGGUGAAGCAAGAGUCUCCCGCCCUUGAGCCACCUGUGGCUUUGCCACUCGGUAUUUCACUGUGAAGAGUCAGCUGCCUGGGCAGGUAGGUCACCGCCACCAUGAGUCUGGGCAUCAUGGAGGAGGAAGACUUGGCCGAGUACUUCCGGCUACAGUAUGGAGAGCGGCUGCUACAACUGCUGCAGAAGCUCCCCAAUGUUGAGGAGCAGUCGGAAUGUCCAUCCAUCCGGUUACUGGAGAAGAAAAAAGAGGCCAAGAUCAUGCAUCAUGCUAUGGAGCAGAAGAAAGAGACAUUUCAGCGCAGAAUGGAAACCCUGAACCUGCGCUGGGAGGAACUGGGUGUCAAGGAAGCCCAACUGAAAGCCCACAUCCAGAAGUUUGAACAGUUUAUCCAGGAGAAUGACCAGAAACGGAUCCGAGCCCUGAAGAAAGCCAACAAGGAGCGAGAGCUCAAGAGGCAGCGCAUGCGGGAGCUGGCCAAGGCCAAGCAGGAGAUGACCACCCUGCGGCUAGAGCACCAGAAGCUGACUGUCAAGCUACAGAACUACUCCAUCUUCAACAAGUACCUGGAGAAGGUGGUGGAGAACUCCGAGUUCGAGGAGAUCCAUGAGGUGAUCGCGCGCUACAAGACGCUGGUGAGCAUGCACCACGACCUCAUGCAGUCGGCGCAGGAGGGCCAGGAGAAGAUCGAGCGCGCCAAGGCGCGGCUGGCGCGCUACAUGGAGGAGAAGGACGAUGAGAUCCUGCAGCACAACAACGAGCUGGCGCGGCUACAGAUGCGCUUCGACCGCGCCCGCAGCGACGUCAUUAUCUGGGAAUCUCGCUGGGCGCACAUCCAGAACACCGCUGCCAAGAAGACCCUCCUGCUUGGCACCAUUAAAAUGGCAACACUGAACCUUUUCCAGAUCGUGAGCAAGCAGCUGAAGGAUGCAGCCGGCGUGUCGCUGGAGGACACGCACAAGCAGCUAGACAUGAUCCAGCAGUACAUACAAGACCUGUCAGACAUCUGGGCUGAGGUGAAGAAAAAGGAACAGCAGCAAAUCCGGGUUUAAGGAGGCGUCAUGGUUCCAGAAUGUUCUGAGAUGGAGGUUGUGAGAGAUUAAGCUCCUGGGGAGUUUAGGCAGCCCAGUCCAGCCACUGAGGGCCCCGGUGCUUUUCUACCGGUGAAUGACUACCUGGUUAUUUUCUCCUGGAGCCUCAGUCUAUCCCUGAAAUCAUUAUAUUUUAAACAAA